AUCCCUCAAUACAUUUUAGAAAGUUUUCCGGAGUUUAGGCUGAUUGGAGUAACUCAACCUAGGCGCAUAGCAGCAAUUACUGUAGCUAAGCGUGUAUCUGAGGAACAUGGUUCUAGAUUAGGUGAUGAUAUUGGAUAUUGCAUACGAUUUGACGAUUGUACAUCAUCUAAAACACGUUUAAAAUAUAUGACUGAUGGUGUUUUGUUGCGUGAGGCAACUAUUGAUCCACGUCUAGCACAUUAUGAUGUUAUAAUUGUUGAUGAAGCUCACGAAAGAACAUUAGAAACUGAUGUCUUAUUUGGAUUAUUAAAAGAAACUCAUCGGUUACGUCCGGAGUUAAAGAUUCUCGUAAUGUCUGCAACCCUUAAUGUAGAAAAAUUUUCGGAUUUUUUUAACAGCUGCCCGAUAUUUAUCAUUCCUGGGAGAACAUAUGAUGUGGCAAUUAAUCAUCAUCGCGAUGCAAAGAUCUCUAGCCUUAAAUCGACUUAUGUUCAACGUUCCGUAGAGACCGCUCUAUACAUUCAUACUCAAGAACCUCCAGGCGAUAUUUUGGUAUUUUUGACUGGCCAGAAUGAAAUAGAGAAGGCUUGUAGAGACCUUGAAGAUCUGGAUCGAGGCCUAAAUUAUAAAACUGACGUAAAAUAUUUUGAAGAUGUAAGAGGCUUGGUGAUAUACCCUAUUUAUGCUACCUUAGAAACUAUGGAACAGAAGUCUAUAUUUGAUGAUCCUCCUCGAUAUACUAGAAAGAUUGUAUUUGCAACUAAUAUUGCUCAGACUUCUGUAACAAUACCUGGUAUCAAGUAA